AUGAAAAUCCACCUAGCCGUUUUGAUGUUCGUUAUCGGCGUAUCUAGUUCCGAUACCAAUGUCGUUAUUCAAACUCGGCUCGGUAAACUAAAAGGCGUGAAAACGGAUACUAAUCUCAAGUUCCUCGGCAUUCCUUACGCAGAGUCACCUACAGGCAAAUUAAGAUGGGCGGAUCCAGUAGCGCGGUCACCAUGGUCACCAAGUGUGUAUGACGCAACCAAGACAAAGCCCGGAUGUCCACAGAAAGGAUGUUUUGAUAUGAACCCAGCUUUCGUUUGUCCAACUGAAGUAUCUGAGGAUUGUUUGUACUUAAACGUGUUUGCUCCAGUUACCGCAAACAGUUCCUCAUCAAAAUAUCCUGUCCUCGUGUACCUCCACGGAGGCAAUUUUGUCCAUAUGAGCUCCAACGCUGUGCUGUUUGACGGCUCCGUACUGGCUGCGAAAGGGGAGAUAAUCGUGGUUACACUAGACUACAGGCUAGGUAGUCUAGGGUUCCUAGUAACCGCCACAUCAAACAUGGCACCGGGUGCCCGGGGCAACUAUGGGAUACUGGACCAGCGAUUGGCGCUAAAGUGGGUCAAGGAUAACAUCCGAGACUUCGGCGGCGAUCCAAAUCAGGUAACACUAAGUGGGCAGAGCGCAGGCGCACAAUCAGCGGUUAUACACAUGAUGACUCAGGACAGUUCCCAGUAUUUCCGAAGCGUCAUUCUAGAGAGCUCUCCAUUUUCAAUCCCAUAUAAAACACGAGUCGAAGCCUUGUACCUUGGCGACCUCUUGGCUGAUGGACUUGGCUGUCCCCGAGGUGACGUGAACUGCAUGGCCAACAAGUCUGCAGAUGACAUUGCAACAGUGCAACACAAUAUUCGCAAAGACCCAACAUCUAUAAAACUUCUAGACUUCUUUGAGCCUCUUGGACCAUUCGUAGACGGAGUUGUCGUUCCUUAUCAGCCGCUAGAGGCGAUGAAUCGCGGCAUCAUUGCAGAUAUACCCAUACUAAUAGGUACAACAUCAGAGGAGACCCGAAUAUACGUCUAUGAAGCGUGGACGAAAAACUUGACUGUCCCCAUGUACUCUGCAGCACUUCUCGGAACUUUCGGACCUAACCAUAUCACUAAAGUUUUGGAGAUGUAUCCUCCUGUCCACAUAAAAGACGAAAGAGAGGACCUGCAACACGCUAGUACAGAUUUUAUUUUCAGUUGCUCGAAACGAAAUUUCUCAAGGGUUGCUCUGAACCAAAACAAAAAUGUUGUUUUCAAUUACGUUUUCGACCACGCGUUUUCCUUCGAUGGUUGGGGCCCUAAUUUCACGUGCUGCAAAGGUCAUGUUUGCCAUGGGUCAGAGAUCCCGUAUAUGUUUCAGCCUGUUUUCAAAAAUAUGACAUUGGAUGCGGAUGAAAAAGUAAUGGCGGAUUCUUUAGCUAAAUACUGGUCUAAUUUUGUGAAAACUGGAAAUCCGAACAAAGGUGGAACUUCUCCCAUCCUUCAAUGGCCGGAGUACAACAAUGUCACCAAUUUUUCCGCCUUACAAUUUUCUACACCCCGUAAUUACAUUGUUGUUAACGUAAAGCAAGAACUGUGUGAUUUCUGGGACACAGUGGGAUACAAGGCCUAA